AGUCACCAAAGCAAAAAAAAGAAAGCAUGAACUCCGUCCUUCUUCUCCAAGGGUUGCUACUUCUGACUUUGGGAAUCUGUGGAAUUUCUGAAGAUGCACCAUCCUGCGGGAAACCUAGGGUUUUUUCCAAGCGGGUCGUAGGAGGGCACGCCACAAAGAAUGGCAAGUGGCCAUGGCAAGCGAUCGUGGUGAUUCCCAAUCAGUUCAUUUCUGGGGCAACACUUGUCAGCAACAAAUGGGUUGUAUCUGCAGCUCAUUGGUUGGAAAGUGAGGAACCCGGCAAUGUUGAUGUCAUUCUUGGGGCCUUCAACAUAGUUCAAGACCACGACGAGCAUUCGCCCAUCAAAGCCAAACAAAUCAUUAUCCAUCCUGAUUAUAGUCCUUCCACUCUACUUGCGGAUAUCUGCCUUAUAGAGCUUUCAGAAAGUGUGUCCUACACCAUCCACAUCCUUCCAAUAUGUCUACCUGCACCUUCAAUGGCAUUCCCAUCAGGCACCAGGUGCUGGACAACUGGCUGGGGAGAUGUAGAGUAUGGCGGUUACCAGCCCAGACCCAACACCCUACAAGAAGUGGAAUUGCAAUUGUUCAGUGACCAGCAGUGCAAGAAUGCAUACUUUUCAGAGAUCCAGCCAGACAUGAUAUGUGCAGGGGACUCAUCCGGUGGAAAAGAUUCCUGCCAGGGUGACGGUGGAGGACCCCUGGUUUGUUCUGCGGGUGGGCAGUGGUACUUAGUCGGAGUGAUCAUAUUUGGGACUGGAUGUGGAAGGAAGGAUUACCCUGGGGUGUACACGUCUGUGGCUCCCCACACUGAGUGGAUUGAGAAGUCUAUUUCUAGUGGCUCAGCACAGCUUGGGUCAGCACCUGGCUGGGCAGGCGUCAGACUGUGCUCAUAUUGGUUGACUCUGGGGGACUUGUGGAUUCUUCUCCUAAUAAUGAGAGCCGUUCUAUGAUUGGACUGUUAAAGCUUCGGUCUAUGGUUGGGUUUGUCUUGCUUUGGUCAUAGUUGUGGUGACCCACCAAGAAGAACACCUUUCUGACUGCUCAUGUGGACUGUUUAGUGGAAUGUUCUUCUUCUCUAAACAUGCGUGUGAGAUAUUUAUUCAUUCACAUAUUGCAGCCCAUCAACUGGAUUGUUUGGAAGUGCCAACAUUUUCUUGCAAACUCAUGUGGUGGCCCUUACAUGGGGGGCUUUUAUAGCCAAGUUUAAUAUUUAAGCAAUGCUUCACAAUAAAUUUAAACAAACAGGGAUCUUAAAAAGUUUAACAAACAAGGGUAU